AUGAACACUACGGUAUACUCUGAUUUUUUGUCGCUUGGAAAGAACAUGGAAGAGUUUGACAUGCGACACAAUUUCGGGAAUGUUGAUAAAUUUAAACCGCCAUAUAAGACUUAUGUCGCCAUGCUCAUAGCUGGAUACGAGGCCUAUGAAGCCGGCAAAUUCGGAUCCAGAGGCUUUUUCGACGAAAUCGGUACCUUCAGAGCCAAGUCAAAAGCUCUCCUCGAAAUCUUCCUCCGUUACUCGGAAUAUUAUUCCAACACUCCUCGAAACCUCUCAAAUGAUGCGCUCUUUGACUCCUACUGCUGGCCGAAUUCGAAGAAAGAUCCUUUGGUUUUCCGAGACUCUGAAUAUCGAUUCGCUUUCUAUACGAUUGUUCUUCCAAUAAGUGGACUGAUGCUGUGCUACUCGAAAAUUGUUUUCAUGGUCCGAAAGAGCUACAAACUAAUCGCCCUCGUCAUGAAAGGGCUUGGAAAACACGAACCUUCACUUCUGUCUCAGAAGCUCCCAAUGCAUCCUGAUGAGUGGAUCCCGGUCUUCAGAAGAUUCACGGAUGAACAAUGGGGCGCCCAUUUCAACCCGGAUCAUUUUGAUUCUGUUGAUGAUCCAAGAUUCGAAUCCGCCGUCAAGAACUUCUUGUUCGUCGAAAGAACCGCUGAUUUCGACAAUGACUCCAUCUUCAUGGCCGAAAAAUUCAAGCUGCCCAAUCUUCUUGGAGAGGGAAUGAUCAAGGGACGACAAAUUGCAACUCUCGCCGUCCCCGAAUGGCAAGAGCACAUUUCAGAAAUUGAGCUGCGCCAGAUUCUCAACGAAUGUGUCGCCACAGCCAUCAUCACCGCCAUCGUCAGCCGCUACGUCUGCCUCCACCCCAAAUGCCGACUCCUCCUCAAGGACGACAAAGCCAUUUUCCCUCACAUCCGCUAUUUUCAUCCCGAGCAGUUGAAGGAAAACAGCGUUGGCCGCCGAAAGAGAAAAGCCGCCUGGAAGUACCGCUCAUUAGACAACAUGGAUGACUGCCCCGCUGGCAAGAAAUUCCUCUUUGGAUUCAAGGACAAGGACUCCAACUUCUAUGAAAAAGUUUCCACUUCCGAAACGACCGUUCUCUACACUUCUCGCCACAUUAACGCUACUCCAACCCAGUUCGAGCAUCCUAUUCCUGUUCACAACUUUCCCGCUCAUUACGAUUCUGACUCUGACUAA